CUGCUACUUUUUUAUAGUGCUGACUGGUUUGUCAAGUCAGUGUAAAUGUUGGCACUGUGUGUGUGGCAAUAAAUGCCACAGGGAGGGCAGAGAGGGCGAUAGAACAGUACCACAAGUGUCUGAGUCCCACUCCGUUUUUUUGUAGAGUCCCCUAUUAUGUACUUUCAGUAAAUUGCCUGUCAAAUCAUUUAAUGCCAAGUGUAAUUGGGGUUAUUGUAUGAUUGAUAAAUAUGACUUUAUGGUACGGAGUAAUUUGGCUGGUAUGCAUACGACUGUUACUUCAAUCUGACAAAGACAGAGCCAGGCAGACACUUCGAGACACCAUCACAAAUCUGCUGCUCUCUGGCGACUGCCUCCCGUUAUGGCAUCUUGGUUAACUGCGUCUGACGACUGUGCGCUCUGUGAACAACUGUGCAGCUGUAGAAACAACCACACUGUCUGCACACAGCCUGAACCUGACUUGCUAUGGAUCAACACCAGGACUAUAUGAACAACGCCCCUAACACCUACAGCUACAACUCCGGGGACACCAUGAGCGCUUCCUUAGCUGGCAUGACCAUCAACGACCUGCAUCACCAGGAGAACGGGGUCCAGCUGGGGCACAGGAGCCCAGGGGAAGGCCCCAUGAAAGUGGAGCCCGAGGAAGCCACACUAGAGGACAGAGCGGCUGAACCACAGUCUGAGCUCUCUGAACUGGAGAGCAACACCUGUGAUGAGGAGGUGCAACUUAGCGCCUCUGGUGAGGAGGAGGUGCAACCUGUGGAGCCUGAGGAAGCCAGACCAAAGCACAGGUUGACUGAACCACAGUCUGAGAUUUCUGAACUGGAGAGCAUCUGUGACGAGGAGGUGCACCUUGCAACUGGAGGAACAGCCUCAACAGCUCAAGCAAAGAUUGAAAACGACAAUGCUGAUAAGAAGACAACCAAAACUGCCACCAAAGCUAGACCCACAUCUGGCCUUAAAAGACCCUCCCCAGUCAACAGAACCAGAAAUGGGCCCACCUCAUUACCCACUAGAGCCAGCAGUGUAGGGGCCAGGCAGUCCCGUACUUUGGGUGGUGCCAGGCCUCAGGCCCCCGGAACCAAGAUUCCCGCCAAAACCCCAGCUCCAGCAAUCGGCAAGAACAAAGACAACACCAGUGGACAGAGCAGCCCUGGUACUCCCAAGUCCCCCUCCAGCAAGACUCUUCCCGGAAAGCCCUUGGCUGUGGCCACAAACCAGGUGAAAAAGGUUGCGGUGGUGCGCACCCCACCCAAGUCUCCUGGCUCUCUCAAGAGCCGCGCCCCUGCACCCCUCACCGCAGCGGCCCCCUUGCCGGACCUGAAGAACGUCAGGUCCAAGAUCGGCUCCACUGACAACAUCAAGCACCAGCCUGGAGGAGGAAGGGUACAAAUAAUUGAAAAGAAGAUCGACUUAAGCAAUGUGCAGUCUAAGUGUGGCUCCAAAGACAAUAUCAAACAUACACCCGGAGGUGGCAAUGUCCAAAUCCUCGAGAAGAAGUUGGACGUAAGCAAUGUCCAGGCUCGUUGUGGAUCCAAAGCCAACCUGAAUCACACUCCUGGAGGAGGCAGGGUACAAAUACUAGAAAAGAAGGUGGACGUAAGCAAUGUCCAGUCUCGCUGUGGCUCCAAAGAUAAUAUCAAACAUACACCCGGAGGAGGCAAUGUUCAAAUAGUCCACAAAAAGAUUGACCUGAGCAAUGUUAAAUCAAAAUGUGGUUCUACAGCCAACAUCCACCACAAGCCAGGUGGUGGGAAUGUUGAGAUCAAAUCUGAGAAAUUGGAUUUCAAGGUCCAAUCAAAGAUCGGCUCCAUGGACAACAUUGGGCACGUGGCCGGAGGUGGACAGAGGAGGAUUGAGAGCCACAAGCUGACGUUCCGUGAGACGGCCAAGGCACGCACUGACCACGGGGCCGAGAUUAUCUCCCUGGAAGACGACCCCCUGUCCCACCAGCUCAGUACCUUGUCCUCCUCCGGCUCCAUCAACAUGGCCGACUCACCGCAGCUCUCCACACUCGCCGACCAGGUAUCUGCCUCUCUGGCCAGCCAAGGCUUGUGAUUGGCUUGGUGGCACACGAUGGCCGACCGGAAGUCUCCUGACCGACCACACUACUUUGACCGCCCACGUCAGAGGAGUCAUGACGCCUGUCGCCUUCCUCCUCCUCCUUUUCACGGGACUUUUUUUAGCUAUACCCAUCACUGUUUCUCUUCCAUCACCGACUGUUCUUCUUCAUGAUGCAUUUAUUGUUAGAAAAGAGGUCUUAAAAAAAAAAAAGAGAUUCAAGUCGGUCAAGUUAGAUGAUUUAAUUUCUAUCUUGAUCUAUUUUUGUUGUCAUUAUUUGUACCGGUUGUAUAAAUGGCCCUUUUUAAGAGUUUAAAGAGAACAAACAUCCAAACAAACCCAAAAAUCCUACAAGUGUUUCUGGACAUUUUAUUUGAACUUUCACCCAUAUUUAAUUCACUUUAACUCGAUAAAUCAUUUUACUUGUCACAAUGACUGCGAUUCGAAGCCCUUAUUUUACAAAUGUCAAUUUUUGAUGUGCAAAUGAUCUGUGAUGGCUGUCUCCUGAAUGGCUUUUUGAUACAUGGAAAACAAGAGGUUUGAGAGAAGUGGGCCCCCUUUUACAAUGUAUUGAACAUAAGACAACACAUCAUCUAUUUACAGGGUAGUAUGAGGCAAGGAAGUGAGGAAAGGUGGGCUCAUGUAGCAAAAGCUCUCAUUCAGACAGUAAAAUGCUUUUAAACCUCCCCAACUUGCUGUCUGCUUUGGGUGCCUCUAUACACUGCAUACCAAGGUAGUAUAGUUCAGAGGUAAACAUUUUCCUUAAUGGACAAAGGGAUACAGAAUGUUUAGCGUAGAAACCUUGGUUUGUGUUGGACACACACUUUUCUAUUUGUAUUCUGUGGAUAUGACAUGUAUUUGAUAUGGAAACAUUUGUAUCGGGCCUGCUACUGCUACUGUCAGUGUUAAUUUAUUUUCAAUACUAUUCUGUUAUGGCUCUAUUGUAAAUGCUCUUCAGCUUUUGUCUUAUGCGGUGUGGCAGUUUACAUUUAACAUAUGUAGGCUACUAGUGACAAAAUAUUUGUUAAUGUUUAAAGAUGACAUGAAUUAGAGGGGAAUAGUGAAUUACUAAAUUAACAGGCUUAGCGAUGCCAGGCAAAUUGUCUAACCAAUUAUGGGUUGUGUCGUUUAAUGUAAGACACGUAAUUUCAGUCAGGGACUUAACUUUUCACUAAUUUGGCUUCAGAUCACAGUAAUGCAGAAGUUGGUAAACUCACCCAUUUUUUUUAUUUUUAUGACCGACGCUUUCUGAACUUUUAAUUUCAUGGACAUGGCUUUGUAAAAUGUAUAAGAUAACUGCCUCGUCAGUUGAGCAGCUAAGUACUAGAACCAAAAGUCAAUGCAAAAUACUGAAAUAACAGGCUGUCAAAGGAAAGUCAAAACACAGAGAAAUUGCUGAAGUGACAAGAAUAAAUCGGUUACAUUUAUCAUAAUAAACUCUGCGACACAUAUAGUCAAAAAAACAAGCAGAAAAACAUAGCUUGUCCCAAGAUAUUAAAGGUAGACUCAGCAAUAUGACAUCAUUCACAGUGGGGCAACUUCCUGCUUACACACAAUUCUGCCCGACUACAUUGCAGACACCUGCCAAAUCUCACAAUGCUUGGAUUGGUGUUAACUAUCAGCUAAACACAUCAUAUGAUUUAGCAAUCUGGUGCCCGACUGCACAGUUGAUGAUGUGGCAUGCAAACAUUGGUUGAAGCAAUCCAACGCCUGAGCAGGCGAGCACACUGCACACUGUGCAAUUUUCCCAGUGAGAGCUGUUUUUCCCCCCAGAGUUCUCAGUUGUCUUGAGUGCACUAAAUUCGGAGAUUUCCUUGUUCAGAGUUGGCUGGAACGCACCAAAAGCAACAACUCCAGUCGCCAAGACUGCCCCUAUUGGUUCUUUCAGGUUUGCACCCUCCCUUGUGGUAUGUCCACAUUGGGAGGAGCCAAUUUGCUGUUUUGGCAGAUUAGAAUUAUGUUAAUUGAUUUUUGUAAACAGGAAGUUGCCCCGCUGUAUGUGAUGAUGCCAUGUUGCUCACUCUACCUUUUUAAGUAAAAAAAAAAAAAAAAUGUACCCUAAAAUGUUUAACCAUCUGUCACAUGGAGAAACGUACCUUUCGGAUAUAUUUAGAUUUAGGCCUACUAAUUGCCUGCGCACGAGCAUGCUCGUCACACUUUCCUCAACUUGUCUCACGGGUUAUAAAGCUAUGGUCCUUUCCCUGGACCGUAUACGACGGAAAUUUACGAAACUCUCUCACAUGCUCAAAUGGAUAAGUGUUUUAUCCUCAUGUAAACCCACCGUGGUUCACCAAUCACCACUAUAUUAUUCUCGUCAUUGAUUGCCUUCAUAACUCCGAGCCAACAUACCAUCUUAAAAGUCCUUGCAUGCAUUUCAUGUAAGAGUAAAGCGGUCUGCCUCUCCUUUUACACUGUGCUUUCAUUGUACAUCCUGGUAUAUCUGCUUUGUCUAUAUAAGGAUACAUGUAGGUAUUAGUGCGAGGGAAUAGAACCCAAAAGGCAACCCUUUCCUUUAUGUGGAGAUUAAGGCGCAUUGAUAACAUUAUACGACUUCCCAGUGUGUGUGUUUGACUUGUAUUGCCAAUAUAUAUUUCAUUGAGGACUCGGGAACUGGCCAGGGCAUUUGAGAAAAGGUGUGCAUGCUAAACUGUUGGUUACUUUUCAUCAUAAUGGACAACAUUUGUUUGAAUGUGUUAAAUGGGUAUGUGCACUGUGUUCUGUGUGGAUUACUGAGACUAGUAUGUUGGAGGGCAGGUGCUGAUAAAUUCCAGUACUCACAUUAUCAGUACUCAAGGGGAAAAGUUGGGGAAAGGUAUUCUUUUUUUUGGUGGUCCUCUCCGCUGGCCUCUGUUCUGAGGUCAAUGGAAAGAGUUUGCAGUAACACAUUUCAUCGUCAUCCUUUUGUUAUUUUUGCCGCUGUACAGUUGUGUGGAAAAUGUGAUUGUUGAUAUUGUUAUUGUGCAUUUUAUCAAUAACUGGUGUAUGAUGAUUCUUGUCGCUGUGAAUUUAAAAAUAAACUGUUAAACCAUG